AUAAAUGUAUAAGUGCUUAGAUGAACACUUGAAGAAAAUUAGUGGGUAUUGGUGUUAACUAACGAACCCAUGAUUUGGUUUGUAAUUAUGAACACGAUCUUUAAGAAAAAAUAUGUAAAUGUCGACACUCAUAUUUUCAAUAUUUUAUUGUUACAUUCGGUAAAUCCACAUUAUUCCGUAUGUGUUCAAGUUAAAAAUCCAUAUUAUUCCGUAUGUGUUCAAGUUGAAGUGAAUUAAUUUUAAGCCUUUUCCCUCAAUAAAUGACACAUUCGAAUGAUCGUACUUUAAAAAAUAUCGCUUGAGAAUUUGAUUUCACGAUUUCACAGAUGGUGUCGACAACAUCAUUGGUAGUGUUGGCGAUAGCUAUGCAGUGUGCGGCUGCAGGGAUCGUAUACUUGGGCUGCUAUGUUGACAUCGGAGACCGUAUCCUGCUGCCAUGGAUAGAGAGAGAUGAUCCUCUAAAUUCACCGGAGCACUGCAGCAAGAAGUGUUACGACCAGGGGGGGUACAGAUAUUCGGGGACGCAGGUUUCUGGCGAGUGCUUCUGUGGAGAUGCAUUCCGUUUCAACUUAGAGAAGCGCCCGGAAUCUGAAUGUAAUUUUCCAUGCAGGGGAGAUAGCAGAAUAAUGUGCGGCGGCAUCUGGAGGAUUUCCGUCUAUAGCAACUGGGCUUGUGACGUUUCUCCCUGUAAGAACGGUGCAACGUGCGCCAACAUCGGGCGGGGAGAAUACUCGUGCAAAUGCGCGGCGGGCUGGACCGGAACUCACUGCGAUAUAAACAUCGACGAAUGCGCUCCGAAACCUUGUCAGAACGGUGGCGCGUGCUCAGACCUCGUGAACGGCUACACGUGUAAAUGCGCGGCGGGGUUCAACGGAAACAACUGCGAGACCAAUAUCAAUGAAUGUGCCACAAGCCCUUGCAAGAAUGGUGCGGCAUGCGUUGACGGAAUUAACUCGUACUCAUGCAAGUGUGUGGCGGGAUGGACUGGCACCAACUGUGAUCAAAACAUCGACGAAUGCGCUCCGAAACCUUGUCAGAACGGUGGCGCGUGCUCAGACCUCGUGAACGGCUACACGUGUAAAUGCGCGGCGGGGUUCAACGGAAACAACUGCGAGACCAACAUCGACGAAUGCGCUCCCAAACCUUGUCAGAACGGUGGCGCGUGCACAGAUCUCGUGAACGGCUACACGUGCAAAUGCGCGGCGGGGUUCAACGGAAACAACUGCGAGACCAAUAUAAACGAGUGCCUUGGAGUCUCGUGUAAUUACGGCACGUGCGUCGACGGAAUCAACUCGUACACAUGUCGGUGUGAGGCCGGAUGGCAGGGAAACGCCUGCAAUGUCGAAAUCAAUGAGUGUUCUCCAAACCCGUGCAUGAACGGCGCCACGUGCAUUGACGGAAUAAAUGCGUACGCGUGCAAUUGUGUGGCGGGAUGGAACGGCAAGAACUGUGACCAGAACAUCAACGAGUGCUCCCCAAAUCUCUGCCAGAACGGUGCCACGUGCAUUGACGGAAUCAAUGCGUACACGUGCAACUGCGUGGCGGGAUGGAACGGCAAGAACUGCGACCAGAACAUCAACGAGUGUUCCCCAAACCCGUGUCAGAACGGCGCCACAUGUACUGACGGAAUUAACGAUUACACAUGCAACUGCGUGGCGGGAUGGAACGGCAAGAACUGCGACCAGAACAUCAACGAAUGUUUCCCUAACCCGUGCCAGAAUGGCGCCACGUGCGUUGACGGAAUCAACGCGUACACAUGCAACUGUGUGGCGGGAUGGAACGGCAAGAACUGCGACCAAAAUAUAAACGAGUGCCUUGGAGUCUCCUGUAAUUACGGCACGUGCGUCGACGGAAUCAACUCGUACACAUGUCGGUGUGAGGCCGGGUGGCAGGGAAUCGCCUGCAAUGUCGAUAUCGACGAAUGCGCUGUAAAACCAUGUCAGAACGGAGCAACUUGCACCAAUGGGCUAAACAAGUACACGUGCACGUGUGCUGGAGGGUGGCAGGGAACCAACUGUAAUCAAGACGUCGACGAAUGCGCUCCGAAACCAUGUCAGAACGGAGCCACGUGCAUAAACGGACAGAAUAAAUACACUUGCCAAUGUGUGCCGGGCUACAGCGGAAACGAGUGCCAGACUGAUAUAAACGAGUGUGCAGGCAAUCCUUGUCAGAACGGCGCCACGUGCAAUAACCUUCUCAACAAGUACACGUGCACAUGUGCCGGUGGCUGGCAGGGAACCAACUGUGACCAAGACAUUGACGAAUGUGAUGGCAAUCCGUGCAAAAACGGAGCCACGUGCAACAACCUACAGAACAAGUACACGUGUAACUGUGCCGGUGGUUGGCAGGGUGUCAACUGCGACCAAGACAUCAACGAGUGCGUCAGUAACCCAUGUCAGAACGGAGCCACGUGCAAUAACCUACAGAACAAGUACACGUGCUCGUGUGCGGCCGGAUGGCAAGGCAUCAACUGUGAUCAAGGCAUGCAUAUCAACGAGUGCGCCAGCAACCCAUGUCAAAACGGGGCCGUCUGCAACAAUCUUCUAAACAAGUACACGUGCACGUGUGCGGAAGGAUGGCAAGGAACAAACUGUGACCAAGACAUUGACGAGUGUGCAAGCAAUCCGUGUCAGAACGGCGCCACGUGCAACAACCUUCUCAACAAGUACACGUGCACGUGUGCCGGAGGAUGGCAGGGAACCAACUGCGAUCAAGAUAUCGACGAAUGUGCCAGUAACCCUUGCCAGAACGGAGCCAAAUGCAACAAUCUCCUCAACAAGUUCACGUGCGACUGUGCCCCUGGUUGGCAGGGAACAAACUGUGACCAGGACAUCGACGAAUGCGCUGAAAAUCCGUGUCAGAACGGAGCCACGUGCAGCAAUCUCGUCGGCAAGUACAUGUGCAAAUGUGUGCCAGGUUACAUCGGGAAUGACUGCGAAACGGAGGUUGACGAAUGUCAGACAGCCCCGUGUAAGAACGGUGGCACGUGCUCGGAUCUCCUGAAUGACUUCAGCUGCACGUGCACUUCGGAAUGGGAGGGAAAGGACUGUGGAAAGAAUGUGGACGGUUGCAAAGAAAACCCGUGUCAAUUCGGAAUGUGUGUUGACAAACCGAUUGGCUUCGUGUGCAACUGCGUACCUGACUACACCGGGCGCCUAUGUGAAUAUGUUGUCAAUCAGCCAAUGGACGGUAAAUGGAGCGCGUGGCAGGCAUGGCAGGGAUGCUCGGUCACGUGCGGGAAAGGCGUUCGCAGACGAUAUCGCGCGUGCGAUGACCCGAAACCGGAUUAUGGCGGAAAACCAUGUGCAGGAGUGGCGUUUGAACAGGCAGAGUGUACCGGAAGCGGGUCUUGCCCAGUUGCUGUUAAUGGACAAUGGGGUGCGUGGUCUGCACCCGGCGGAUGUAGUGUCACGUGCGGAGAAGGCGUUGCCAUGAAAACCAGGUUGUGUGACAGUCCCGCACCCAAGAACGGCGGUAAACCUUGCGAGGGCAAGGCCACUGAGACAACCGCCUGCAAGCAAGAUCCGUGCAAGGCCGAGAGCCACUCAUACAGUGCCGACUAUAAGAACAAAUGCCCCACGAACUACUUCACGUGCGCCAGCGGAAAAAUCACAUGCGUUGAGAAGAGCUUCGUGUGUGACUGCGCUGGUGAUUGUGACGACUCUAGUGACGAGCAGCCAAAAUGGGCCGGAUGUAAGACAUUCUGUGCCAAGAGCGGCGCCGAAGGUCAAAGCGGUCUCACAGGGACGAUAAUACUGACCGGUCUGAUGGCUUCCAUAUUUUCCCAGUACAUAUAAAUGGUGGAAUUAUUGAAUACAGCUUCCAAUGACAAGACCAACGAAUGUUUUUCAUUGUAUGCGUGUUUAUAUGUCUCAUAUCAAAAUUUCGUUUCGUUUGUUUAAAAUGAUAUCUUACUGUGAGUGUUUUAAUCGUCGUGUUCUAAACAUUGUUGAAUAAUUUUAAUUUUGUUUUCUUUCUGAUUUAUAAUACAUGUGUUAAUAUGGUUCGUGCUUGGAGUGAUCACUGAAAAUUGUCCUAAUACACGCAUGCUUGAGUGCAGAACGACAUGCUUAUAUCCGACAAAAAGACCAAUAACAUACUUAUGCGCAAUUUUGUAUAACAUAAACGUUCAACAGGAAGAGUAUAUUUUUUUUUGUACAAAUUAUCUUUGCGAACGUGAAAUUGAAACGCAUCGGGAAAAGUAGCAAAUUAGCAAUUUGUAUUAUAAAUCAUAGAAACUGUAAUGUUGUACUAAAAGCGCAUUAAAACGCGAAAACGAACAUCUACAUCAACCAAAAAUUAAGUUAAUCGUCCAUUUUUUAAAGUAAUUGAACAUCCGUUUAAAGAUGUAUCUGCUGUGAUUUCUUCUGUUGUAAAACAUUUCUUUCGCAAAAUGCCUGUCGUAGUGCUGAGGUUUGUUUUGCUAAUUUUGUCCUAUGUAAGGUUUUGUUAUGCCCAUAUUGUUGUGUUUAUUGUUGUCGUUGUUUU